UGACGUCAGCUGAUAUCUCUUUUUAACACAACAGCUCUUUUAAGAGCUAAAAAACUUAGGCGCAAUGCCAUUCUUCGCCCCUUGGAGGAAGCCACAGGCGGAAUCCAGACCCCUCUCCGAGAUUUAUAAGGACGAAGAGUCAGUCUGCAGGGAGCUGAAGUUUCUCCAGCAGUUCAGCGGCCUCAAGAACAUCGCCUCUUACUAUGGAGCCUACUACAGGGCUCCACUCACGGAGUGCUCAUCGGAGCUCUUGGAAAUUGUUCUCGAGUACUGUGGUGGAGGCUCUCUCUACAACCUCAUCAGCAAGACUAAUGACCAAUCCCUGAAGGAGAACUGGAUUGGCUAUGUCUGCAAGGAGGUUUUAAAGGGGCUGCACCACAUCCACAAGAACCGGGCCGUUCAUAAAGACAUCAAGAGCCCGAACAUCAUGCUCACAGAGACGGCCAAAGUGAAGAUCAUCGACUUUGGACACAGCUGGGACCUGGACCCGCAAACUGGGUUGUGCGAUGAAGCGGAAGGGACUCCACAUUGGAUGGCACCUGAGGCCAUAAGGCAGAAGGGCCAGCGCCUGGCGUUCGACACCAAAUGUGACAUCUGGUCGCUGGGGAUAAUCGCCAUCGAAAUGGCAGAGGGAAAAGCACCAUAUGCAGGGCAAUACCCGGUGGAGGACCUGAUAAUAGAAGCCCAACCACCGAAGCUUCAAUCAAACAGAUGGUCACAGCAUUUUGUGUCCUUCUUGGAGUGCUGUCUGAAAAAGGAUCCUUCAGAGAGAUGGAGUGCUGAAGAACUCCGGCAGCACCCAUUUGUCACCCAACUGCCACCUAAGAAGAUCGUCAGGGCUGAGAUUGAAGAACAUCUCCGGACUCUGCAGAACUUACCGGCCAAGAAAGGACUGAAGGUAGUAGCUCUCUGGACCCUGAAACAGCUGCGGCAUGCUUAUGACUUCUGCACACAGCCAUCAGCAGAACAAGAAGCAGCUCUGCAAAUGGCCCUGGAGGGCGUCUCCUGUUAUUGUCUUGUGGCCAAUACCAUCAACAGCCCAGAACGAGUUUCCUGAAUCACAGCCAAGGAAAAAGAAACAUACACAGGAUCCAGUGGUGUCUGCAGCUCCACCAGCAACAUCUCCUUUCAAGCUGAUGCAGUUCAGCAAGUGGUAAUUUCAAGAUUCCUGCAACUACACCAGCAGGGACUUUAUCUCCUUCUGUAGCUCCAUGAUCAUAUUCUUUUCAGACUACCACAUCUCCACCAGUGGUGUCUUUGCUUCAGUUUACAUCACUCCACCC